AUGGCUUCGAAUAGCUUCAUUUUUCUUCAUGUUCUAGUCAUGUUUUCUCUAGCAAGCAUAGCACUUUCGGAUUCUCUUUCACCUUCUUUCUACAAUCAUGUUUGUCCCCAAGCUUUGCCAACCAUUAAACGAGUCGUUGAGGAUGCAGUCAGGAAAGAGAGGCGAAUGGGUGCCUCUUUGCUACGUUUACAUUUUCAUGAUUGUUUCGUCAACGGGUGUGACGCUUCAAUUCUUCUAGACAAAACAGCUACUAUUGACAGUGAAAAGACUGCAAUACCUAAUAACAAUUCUAUUAGAGGAUUUGAUGUGAUUGACAAAAUCAAGUCGGAGGUUGAUAAAUAUUGUGGACGUUCUAUUGUGUCUUGUGCAGACAUUGUGGCUGUUGCAGCUCGCGACUCUGUAGUUGCACUAGGUGGACCAACAUGGGAAGUUCCACUAGGAAGAAGGGAUUCUACUACAGCAAGUAGAACCACAGCAAACAAUGAUAUCCCACCUCCAUUUUUGGACUUACCUGCACUUAUCAACAACUUCAAGAAGCAAGGAUUGGAUGAGAAAGAUCUCGUCGCUCUCUCUGGUGGCCACACUCUAGGAUUUGCUCAGUGUUUCACCUUCAGGAAUCGCAUCUACAAUGAGACUAACAUUGAUCCCACCUUUAGAAGACAACGCCAAGCAAAUUGUCCACGUAGUGGAGGUGAUUCCAAUCUUGCUCCACUUGAUCCAACACCAGCUCUUUUCGACUCAAAAUAUUUUAGUGACUUAAGGUCCAAGAAAGGGCUUUUACAUUCUGAUCAAGCACUAUUUAGUGGAGGAAAGACCGAUGAUCUUGUUGAGAAAUAUAGUAAAAACUUAGGAAUGUUCUCUAAAGAUUUUGUUGAGUCUAUGAUUAAGAUGGGAAAUAUCAAGCCAUUGACAGGGAAACAAGGUCAAAUUCGCGUAAACUGCAGGAAGGUGAACUAA